AUGGCAACUCAACCCACCAAGGGGAAGGGGGCAUGGGACGGUAAUGAGAAGGAGGAGUCCGUUUGGGAGGAGGCGGCAAGGACGGUGUGGAAGAGGGAGAAGGAAGAACUUGAGAGGAAGAGGCGGGAGGAGAUAGCUAAGAAGAAGGAGGAAGAUGACCGUAUGCAAAGGGGGUAUGAGGAAUACCUAUUGCGCAACAAGAGGAGGAAUGAGAAGCUGAAGGCCGAACGGGACCGCGAGGCACGGAUAAAAUUCCUGAGGAGCUGCCAACUUGAGCAAAUUAGGAGCGAGAGGGCCAAUAGGAUGCACCUAGAGGAGGUGGCUAGGGAGGCUGAACGCAUCAAGGAGGAGAGAGCUCAAGCGGAAGCUGCAAAGACGGAGGAGCGCCACCACUUCUUCGAUUCGGUCGUUCACAAUUUCGUACACACAUCAUAG